AUGGACAAACUUGUAACGGAGAUUAAAAUUUCAUAUAAAAAAAAUAAUUUUAUAACAAAAGAGGAAGCUUGCUUAAAAGUUAUUGAAAGCUCACCUCGAAACCAAUACUUUUUCCUUCCCGAAGAAAUUUUGGUUAAUGGAAAACAACUUAAAUUUCGUGCUUCAUAUACAUUAAAAAGAAACGACAUAAUUAAAAUAGGGCAUAGUACUUUUCAAUAUCUACCUGCUGGAGAAUAUAAGAGCUACAUUGACCCACUUUUAAUGAUUUAUAAUAAUGCUUAUUUUCGGAAAAGCUUGGAAAAUGAAUUUAAAAAUAGCCAAAAUUUGAGUUUAUUGUUUUAUAACUUGGAUAACUUGAGAGAAAUCAAUGAACAAUAUAGUCAUGAGGCUGGUGACUACGUUUUAAUAGAAUUAGUAAAGUUGAUUCAAAAUAAAUAUGUUCGUGAUAAAAAUAUUUUUGCUAGAUAUAAUGAAGAUGAGUUUACUAUUCUUCUCAUCGAUACAAAUAUAGAAUCAGCUGAUGAAGUUGCUAAAGAAAUUCAAUCUGCUGUUGAAACCAAUCCGUUUAUUUUCAAAGAAAAAAAACUACCGCCAAUUACGCUAAGCAUUGGUGUUUCUGGAGUGAACUCCUUAGUAGAAAGUUCUAAAGACUUAUUAAAUCACGCCGAAGAAGCUUGUAGGAAAGCCAAACAUUACGCACAUAAGAAAUUACAAUCAACAUUUCAACCAAAUAUUCCAUCUCAAAUCCCACCAUUUCCACCAUUUCCACCAAAAGAAAAUAAAGCUUUAAAAAUAGAUAAAAAAUGGUACUCAAUUUUAGGUGAAGAAUUACCUUUAAUCGAACCCCAGCAUUAUUUUAUGCUUAGGAAACUGAUCCCUCAACCAAAAUUAUCAGCUUAUAAAAUUUAUGGAAAUGUGGCUGCAGUUCUUCCCUAUAUUCGACAAAAAGUUAAAAUGUGGGGAGUUGAUAUUCUUAAAGCAGAAAACUUUGCAAAUUUAGUCAAUGAUGAUGACGAUGAAUCUUCCGAUGAUGAAUCAAAGGAUGAAAGCAAAAUGUUAAUUAAAAAAAACAGAUUAUCUAGAUUUGAUUGCAUUGCUUCUUUAUUUGCCUCUGCUGAAUCUACUGUUGUUCAAGAUAUUUUCCAAACUAUAUCUCAAUUUCCAAUUGCACUUCCUUUAUUAAUGCCCAAUUUAGAUAACGCAGAAAAGUUUAAAGUAAUGCUUCCUUUAUUUGCCGGAUCAGCUAUCAAAUGGCAUACAAGCAAUGGAUCAAUUCUAGAAAAUCAUCUUUUUGAAGAUUCUUUUAAAUUAAUUGUUGCAGUUCGGAUUGGAAUGAAUCCUCAAGGAAAAAGUACCAUACUUAAUCAGUUGAUGGUUUCAAACUUCAUGUUCACAUCACAUUCCGAGCCAAGAGCCGAUUAUGGAAUUCCACAUAUGAUUAGUGGAAGUGUUGAGUUUGUUUGGCUGACAAAAGAGACUUGUGGUGCUGAUCUAUAUAAUAAUGUUUUUAAAAGUUAUUACGAAGAAGGGAGAAAUGAAAUUAUAUUGCUUGCUAAUUUACAUGGUGAUGCUUUAGAUUAUCCUGAUCAAAUAGAAUUUCUAAAGCAAUUGGCUUCUUGUUUCUUGGUUUUCUUAAUGCCUGGACAUGACGAAAAUCAAAUAGUUGAAUUUAGAAAUUUAAUUGGAUCAAAAAAGGUUAUAUUCAACUAUGUAAAUCCUGAAAACAAUGUAGGUGAAGAGGAUAGUUAUACAACUAAUACAAAUUCUUUAAUGAGUUAUGAAACAAUAAAAGAAGCUUGUAAAAUGUUUAAAGAUUUCUUAGAUCCUGAUUUUGUUGAUCCCGGCAAAUUUUCAAUUAGUACGUUAGAAAUAGGUGAAACACUUCAAUUUGCUGAAAAAAUAGAGUGUGUUAAAUCUCAGGAAAUUAUAAAUUUUGUUAAGCAAAAAACUUGCCGUCAUAUUAGAUUAGAGAUUAUGCAACUUCAAAAAAUGCAAAGUGGUUACGAUUGUAUACAAUUUUGGGAACACACACCAGAGUUACAAGAACUAAUGCGAUUAUUCAGUUCUAUUAUAAUUUUACCAAUUAGAGUAAGGAGAAGAGCUCUGGCGCAUCUUGAAAAAGAAAUAUCCAGGCUAUCUAUAGUAGAGUCUUCUAAACCCUGGAAUGACGCUAUAUCGAAAAGGAAAGAAUUAAAUAAUGCAAACAUUGUGUACAAUGAUCAAGAAAUUCGUGAAGAAAUUGCAAUGCUUUGGGAAGAAGCUGAUAAUACAAGCUUGGGCAUCGAACAUUUCUUUCGUGAAUUAGGGCAUAUGUAUAAAAUUUUUAUUUCUGAUCCAAAAAAAAUUAUUUCUGACAAUGGUCUAGUCACAGAAAAUAUUUCAAAAUUACCGGAAUAUUAUGCAGAGCUUUUAAUUAGUGGUCACAUUAUCGAGUUGCUUGAUGGUGAUUCUGAAACUAUAUCUGAAGCUUGGUUCUUAGCCGUUUGUAAUUCUAUUGAUAAAAAAUUUCCUAAUCUUAGGAUUUUUGUGAUCAGUAUACUUGGAUUACAAUCUUCUGGAAAAUCUACUCUUUUAAAUGCACUUUUUGGAUGUAAAUUUGCUGUUUCAGCUGGACGUUGUACUAAAGGGAUUAUUAUGCAAUUCUUAUUUUUGGAGAAAGAAUUAUCUAAUCAACUUGGUGUUGAUGCUUUUAUCUUGAUUGAUACUGAGGGACUUUGUGCACCAGAAAAUAUAGAUGAACCAGAAUCAGAAAAAAAGGAUCAAAAGUUAGCAAAGUUUGCAAUGAGAAUAAGCAAUUUGACAAUUAUAAAUAUCCUCGGAGAAUCGACUAGAGAAUUGACUAAAAUCUUGCAAAUAGUUACUAAGAUAUUAAUACAUCUUGACACGUCAUCUGACAUACUUAUGGUGCAACAUGUUACGGACAAUAAUGCGAUAAAGUCAAUAGAUCUAGAACAGAAACUUCAUGAAAUUCUUCAAGGAGUUUUAGAAAUAGCCAAAAAAGGAAAUAACAAGACAGGAGCACGCAACUUUGAACGUCUUAGUAAGAUGAAUGAUAAAAAACUUGUCAAACUAUUUGCACCAUUUAAAGAUGGUAUAGCUGCUUAUUCUCCACCAUCGAAACAAUAUCAUAAGGAUGUAGUUGAUUUCUACAAUACUAUAAUUGAUAACUGCAAAAAUUCACAAAGCAAAAAGAAAUUUUCGGAUUGGUUUUUACUAAUUAAAAGUUAUUGGGAUGCAGCAUCACGUGAAAAUUCCUCGUUCGAAAAAAUAGAAGAAACAUAUGAUUUUAUUGAGUUUGGAAAACAAAUUGCAAAACUAAAAGGAACUAUCGACAUGGCAUUUUUAAAACAUAAAGAAUUUACCGAAACAAAAAUUAGAUCUAUUGUUUAUAAAUGGCUUUCAAAUAAAGAUUCAAGCGUGAAUUCAGUUAAUUCAAUUAAUUCUAAAUGUGAAAAAUUGAUUAAAACUUUAAACAAUAUUCUAGAGUUUAAAAAUCAGGCAGAUUGUGAAGAAUGUAAAAAAGCUAAUAAAGAGAGAGAUAAAUUAGAUAAAUAUAUUGAAAAAAAAGAUGACGAGAAGUGUAAAGAAGGUAAAGAAGAGGCUAAUCAAACAAUAAAUAAUUACAUUGUCUCUCGCCGUGAAUUUAUAACCACAAAGCUUGAAAAUAUGCUUGAGGGCAUUUUAAUGCGAAAUAGAUUUUCUAUAUUUAUUGACAGAGUAUUAGAAAAGGUCUUAAAAGCAUGGAAGAAAUCGCCUGAUGAAAAGAAAUUUGAGGAAGCAGCAAAUAAAAUAUGGAAAUUAUUACGUGACAGAGUAUCAGCAGAAAAUGAAGACUUUAUAAAUGAAGAGAUAGAUAAUAUAGUAAAAGAGGAAUAUGGAACUAUGUGGUCAUCAACUAACUUUUUUAAAAGUUACAAGUAUAGAAUUAUUCCAGAGUUAUCUAAAAUUGAUGCAAUACGUAAUGUCGGUUUGGCAGGCUUUUCUAAUGAUAAACUUAUGGAACUUAAAAAAGAAAUUAAUCUUGUGGUAGAACAAAUUUUACGUAAUAUUAAAAAGUUUAAUCCUAAACUUGUGCGUGAUCUCAAAGACAAAACUGAAAAAAAAUUGAACAAUUUUUCAACUAAUCUUAAUGUAAAAUUUAAUUCUAAUUUUGAAAUGAAUGUUCACGUGUACAUGUUAUUAAAUUUUAGAGAGAAGAUGGUAGAAAUUCAAUACACGUGGGAUCAAGAUAAUACACCACUUAGCGUGCUUGAUCAAAGGAAAGAUGAAUAUGUAGAAAUUAUCAAGCUUCGUCUUCAAUAUGGUCAUUCACAUAUGUAUAAAGGUCAUUUGACUGGGGCUUAUUUGUCAAGAGCUGUUCAUCAAAAAGCGAUAGAUGCAGAAUACCGGGAUCGAAGAGAUGAUAUACUUAGCAUCCCUUGGAUAAAAAAUUCUGAAACAAUUAGACUUAAAUAUUUUAUUGAACUUGCUGAACAAGUUCAUAAUGGUGACAAAGAUAAUGCAGUACAGCACUUUUUAAAACCUCAAGAAAGUAUUGAAGAGUGGUAUAACAUUAGUGUUAAUAAUUAUACAAUAAAAGAGAAAGGACAAAAAUAUAAAGAAAUUUUUAAUAUAGAAUUUGAUGGUGUUCGUCAGGAAAUUCGUAAUUGUAAAAAUUAUGAAGAUAUCAAAAAGUUUGUAAAUAAUUAUAUGACACAAGUUGAUGGUAUCGACUACCAAUUGGGUAUUAAAGAUGACUCAAUUGCUGAAAAUUUUGACUUAUUUCAUGAAGCUAUUAUGAAAGAGCUUGAUGUCAAAUGGAAUGGUCAUUUUCAACUUGAAGAAGAAUCACUACCAAAUUUAUCUGAUGAUGAAUUGAUUAAGAAAAGACUUGGAUGCACAGUUCCAUGUUUCUGGUGUGGUGCUUUGUGUUGGGGAGAAAGAGGCCAUGAUAAUGAUAGUGGUGAAACCAAAAUACAUCAUUCUAGCCAUCAGCCGGCAGGUCUUAAGGGGACAAACAAUAUAAGAACGAAGGAAUUGCAAGCGUCAGCAUGCCAUAACCGUUCGGAUGAAACAGAUAUGCAUUAUAACAAUAAUAUAAAAAAAUGGGGUGCUGCAAAAUCCACUGACUUCAAAAAUUGGAAAUUUGAACCUCAUUAUGUAACUGAUUUUAAUGAAAUUAUGUGUUGGUUUUUCGAAAUGUUGCAUGAAGACCUGGCAGAAAAGUGGAAAAUAAAGCCAGCAGUUGAGUGGGAUUUAGAAAAGAAUG